AUGUCUUCCUUCCCGAUCCGCCGGGCUUCGAGUUCCGAGGGGGACUCGCAACCAGUGAUCGAUGAGAGGAAGAGGAAGCGGAUGCUCUCGAAUCGGGAGUCCGCGCGGAGGUCAAGGAUGAAGAAGCAGCAGCAUCUAAACGAUCUGAUGAACCAAAUGGCGCACAUCAAGAUCCAAAACAGUCAGAUCGCGGAGCAGACCGAUCUCGUGACGCAGCAGUACACCAAGGUGGAAUUGGACAACGCCGUGCUGAGGGCGCAGCUGAGCGAGUUGAUGGAGAGACUGCAGUCGGUGAACUCGGUGCUCCGGUUCGUGGAGGAGGCCAGUGGGAUGGCCUUGGACAUACCCAGUAUACCGAGCUCUCUCCUGAAGCCAUGUAAGCUUCCGACCAUGGCCACUGCUGACAGAAUCCAGUUCUGA